GGCUGCAAUUUAACUUCCCGUGUCAAGCCCUGGUGUCCAUCUGAGCAAAGCAAACUAACCCAACUUCUUUUCUUCUUCUCUCUCGGUAAAAGUUCUUGGUUCCUUAAAUUAUCUAGCUUCUCUGGAAAAGUUCUUUGCAACCAUGGAUGCGAAGAGAAAUCCAGGGCUCAUGUUUUCUCUACUGUUCUUCUCCUUAUCUGUCAACAACUAUCUCUCACUUGGCGCUGACACCAUAUCUGCAAACCAACCACUCUCUGGGGACCAAACCAUUGUCUCUGCUGGUGGGUCCUUCGUGCUGGGUUUCUUCACACCAGGUAACUCUUCGGGCUCGAAAUACUAUAUAGGCAUUUGGUAUAGCGAAGUUAAAGUCUCUACCCAAACGAUUGUUUGGGUGGCAAACAGAGACAAACCGGUCUCUGAUAAAAGUUCUUCUGUAUUAAGAAUCUCAGAUGGUAAUUUGGUUCUCUUCAAUGAAUCCCAAAUCCCAGUCUGGUCCACAAAUUUGAGCUCCACCACUUCAAGUGCUGUAGCAGCUGUUCUUCGAGAUGAAGGAAAUCUUGUUCUUAGAGAUGGGCCUUCUAAUUUAUUAGAACCUUUAUGGCAAAGUUUUGAUCACCCAACUCAUACAUGGCUUCCUGGUGGUAAGAUUGGAUUGAACAAAAUUACAAAUGAAAACCAACGUCUCAUAUCAUGGAAGAAUUCUGAGGAUCCUGCACCAGGACUCUUCUCUCUUGAGCUCGACGCAAACAUCAGUUCAUAUAUUAUUCGCUGGAAUAGAUCCAUCCAGUACUGGACUAGUGGACCUUGGGAUGGGAAAAUUUUUAGCUUAGUUCCUGAAAUGAGGACCAAUUAUAUCUACAACUUCAGUUAUAUUAACGACAAGAAUCAGAGUUAUUUCACCUAUUCUGUUUACAAUCCUUCCAUCCUAUCUCGAUUCGUAAUGGAUGUUUCUGGGCAGAUAAAGCAAUCCACAUGGUCAAAUUAUACCAAUGAGUGGUUUUUGUUUUGGACACAACCGAAAACGCAAUGCGAGGUUUAUGCAUUUUGCGGGGCCUUCGGCAGCUGCGAUCAGAUAUCCCAGCCUUUUUGCAAGUGUUUGAAAGGGUUUGAUUACAAAUCGCCCAAGGACUGGUAUUUGUCGGAUUAUUCUGGUGGUUGCGUGAGGAAAACCCCCUUACAGUGUGAGAAUACCAGUCCUGCUAAUGGGCAGAAGGACAAGUUCUUGACAAUGCCCAACAUGAAUUUGCCUGUACAAGCACAAUUUUUUGGGGUUGGAACUGCUGCAGAAUGUGAAUCAUCCUGUUUCAAUAACUGCUCUUGCACUGCUUAUUCUUAUGACGCCAAUAAUUGUUCAAUCUGGAUUGGGGAGCUCUUCAAUCUGAACCAACUCACAGAAGAUCAGAUUGGUGCAAGAACUCUAUAUCUCAGACUGGCAGCUUCAGAGUUUUCAAACCACAAAAAUAAUAAGGGAGUUGUUGGUGCUGUUGUGGGUUCAGUUGCAGGGGUAGCACUUUUACUCGGCCUUAUUGUGUUUGUAAUCCUUAGGCGAAGGAAGAGAGCUGUUGGAACAGCAAAAUCAGUAGAGGGUUCGUUGAUGGCAUUUGAGUACAGGGACUUGCAAAACGCGACCAAAAAUUUCUCGGACAAGUUAGGGGGAGGAGGUUUUGGUUCUGUUUUCAAAGGGACGUUACCUGAUUCAACAGCCAUAGCAGUCAAGAAACUUGAAAGCAUCAGCCAAGGAGAGAAGCAAUUCCGCACAGAAGUCAGCACAAUUGGGACAAUCCAACAUGUAAAUCUGGUUCGGCUUCGUGGAUUCUGCUCGGAUGGUUCUAGAAAGUUGUUGGUGUAUGAUUACAUGCCGAAUGGCUCUUUAGAAUCUCAACUUUUCCACGAAAAGAAUCCCACUCAGGUUUUGGACUGGAAAACAAGAUACCAGAUUGCUCUGGGAACAGCGAGAGGGUUAGUUUAUCUGCACGAGAAAUGCAGAGAGUGCAUCAUACACUGUGACAUAAAACCCGAAAAUAUUCUUCUAGAUGCGGAGUUUUGUCCAAAAGUUGCAGACUUUGGCCUGGCAAAACUUGUGGGGAGGGAGUUCAGCCGAGUCCUGACAACCAUGAGAGGCACAAGAGGUUAUCUUGCUCCGGAGUGGAUUUCAGGGGUGGCCAUUACGGCCAAGGCUGAUGUUUACAGCUACGGAAUGAUGCUUUUCGAAUUUGUCUCAGGAAGGAGAAACUCUGAGCCAUCUGCAGAUGGCAAAACUAGAUUCUUCCCAACUAGGGCUACAAGCAUUAUGAAGGAAGGGGGCGAUGUCCUUGGCCUUUUAGACCCCAGGUUGGAGGAAAAGGCUGAUGUAGAAGAGCUCACAAGAAUUUGCAGAAUUGCUUGUUGGUGCAUCCAAGAUGACGAAGCUAAUAGGCCACCAAUGAGUCAGGUAGUUCAAAUUCUGGAGGGAGUUUUAGAAGUGAAUCCGGCCCCAAUUCCAAGAUCUCUUCAAGUGUUUGAUGACAACCGGGAGAACAUAAUUUUCUUCACCGAGUCAUCCUCGAACCAAAGUUCACAGGCACGAAGCAACACCUCAGCUGCUUCCUCCCAGUCGAAGAGUGACGGCCAGCAACAAGUUUGGAGACCCGAAGAGCAGUUGAGUGAGAACGUUUGAGCUCUGAUGUGUUUGGGUAAGAAUGCAAGUUCUUAUUUUAUUUUUGUACUAGGACGUUUGUAUAUUCAAUGGAACCAUCCCUCCGCUUUAGAAAAGAAAAAAAUAAAAAAAUGAACGGUUUCAGGUUU